AAACGGAUUUUAAUUAAAGUUCGGUGAGCCCUAGAAAUUCUUAAAACCUAAAAAAUAAUUACUUUGUCCACCAAAGGUCUUGAGAGAAAGUGCGCGGAGUGGAGCGAGCGUAGAGGUGAAGUGUAUCACACCACUGGAACAGCAACGUGAGCGUGUGAUCUCUCUCCACUGAAACUUGCUAUCAAGAUGAAUUCAUUUCCUUCACAAAACCUGAUGUUGUCUGCUUCAAAGGCAAACAAGGACGCAGGCUUGCGUACGUCUAAUGCUAAUUGGUUUCAUUCCUAUAUCGCCGUUCCAAAUACCACAGGGGUUGAUCUUUCUCAAGUAUCUCAAGCAAGUCCUGUUGAAAGUAUGAUGGUGCCUCAGUCUCGUUUGUCUCAUCCUAUCACUGUAGAUUACAGAAACGGUGUGGAAUCCGUGGAACAGAAGUCCACAAAUCAGUCUCUUUCGAAAGCUCUGAAGCCAAAAACGCCAAGGAAGAAACGUGCUACAUCAGACAAAUCAAAGAAAACACCGAGCAUACCAGAAACAAAACGUGAGAAAAAGAAUCUGGACAUCAACAUUGACAUUUCAAGCUUCGAUACUUCCGAGGUUCCUCCUCCUGUAUGUUCAUGUACAGGCGUUUCAAGGGUUUGCUACAAAUGGGGCAUGGGCGGUUGGCAAUCCUCAUGUUGUACCAUCAGCAUAUCGACAUACCCACUACCUAUGAGCACCACAAGACCCGGAGCUCGUCUUGCUGGAAGAAAAAUGAGCAAUGGUGCUUAUGUCAAACUCCUUGUGAGGCUUGCUGGCGAAGGCUAUAAUCUCUCUCACCCUGUUGAUCUCAAGAACCAUUGGGCCAGACACGGUACUAACAAGUUUGUGACCAUCAAGUAGUCAGUUUCAUUAGUUGAGUUUGGUUUUAGAUACAGUAUUAGCUUUUGUGGUCUCCUUGUAGGUUCUUUUACAGUCUCAGCCUUUUAGUAUAUAUGUUCCGCAGUGGCUAUGAAAACAUAAAGAAGAUUCAGUGUCUAUGAUCAAUAGGACGACACUUAUUUUUUCUUUAGGUGGAAUGUUUUUUGGUACUGCAAAGAUGUUUGGUUGAAUUUGAACAUGAAUUCUCUCUAGGGUGCCUUAAAAGUAGGAGACUUCGUGGAUCGAUUAAGUUUAACUAAGGUUCUUUCGA